GGCCCCUUCCGGCGCUCCCGGAAGCUGCGCUCGCUGCCCGGGUAACGGGCCCGGCCGGGGGGCGGCGGCGGCGGCACCACCACCGCUAUGGACCUGGAGGAGGCGAAAGAGUUCAAGGAAAGAUGUACUCAGUGUGCUGCUGUCUCCUGGGGUCUUACUGAUGAAGGCAAAUAUUAUUGCACUUCUUGCCACAACGUUACAGAACGAUCUAAGGAAGUUAUAAACACUGGGGAUAUUCCUAAUACUAAAAUACAAGCCAUCAACCGGGGACUUAAAAGAAAAAGAAAAUUUGAGAAAGGCUGGGAUUGGUAUGUGUGUGAAGGUUUUCAGCAGAUACUUUAUCAACAAGCAGAAGCCUUAAAGACCCUUGGAGUAGGCCCAGAAUUAAAGAAUGAAGUUUUACAUAAUUUUUGGAAGCGCUACCUUCAGAAGAGCAAGCAGGCGUAUUGUAAAAACCCAGUUUAUACCAGUAAAAGAAAAGCUACGGUAUUAGAAGAUAACCCAAGUCAUUCAGACUGGGAUAGUGAGCCUGACUUGCUGAGUGACUUUAGCUGCCCUUCUUUUGUUGAAAGUGGAACAGACUCUAAGCCUGAUGGCCACACUCAGAAGCCUUUCCCCAUCAGCAGAACAUCACAAUCAGAAACAGCAUCCAUCUGUUCUGGAUCUCUUGAUGGAGUUACAUAUUCGCUACAAAAGGAGAAAGGAAUCGUGAAGAUGACGGUGCCAAGGACACUUGCUUUUUGCUAUCUGUCAUUACUGUGGCAAAGAGAGACAAUUACUCUUUCAGAUCUUUUGCGAUUUGUUGAAGAGGGCCAUAUUCCUUACAUACAUGCUUUCCAGCGUUUUCCAGAAGAGAUGAAAUUAUAUGGGCGUGACAAAGGAAUCUUUGCCAUAGAGUCUUGGCCUACUUAUGAGGAUAUCUAUAAAAAAACGAUUGAAAUUGGCAAAUUCUUAGAUUUGCCACGUUUUCCAGACAUAACUGAAGACUGCUAUCUUCAUCCAAACAUCUUGUGUAUGAAAUACUUGAUGGAAGUCAAUCUCCCUGAUGAAAUGAAUGAUUUAACCUGCCAGGUGGUAAAAAUGACUGGAAUAGGAGAAGUGGAUUUUCUGACAUUUGAUCCCAUAGCUAAAAUGGCAAAAACUGUUAAAUAUGAUGUUCAAGCUGUUGCUGUCAUUGUAGUAGUAUUGAAACUGCUCUUUUUAUUGGAUGACAAUUUAGAAUGGACUUUAUCUAAUAUUGCUGAGAAAUAUAAUGAAAAGAACAAAGAAGAUAAGCCAUGGUUUGAUUUCAGAAAAUGGUACCAAGUUAUGAAGAGAUCUAUUGAUGAGAAAAAACAAAAGUGGGAGGAAGCCAGGGCUAAGUAUCUAUGGAAAAGCGAAAAGCCCCUCUACCACUCAUCCAUUGACAAAGCAGUAGUAUAUAAAAGAAGAGAAAUGGUGGUGAAUCUACAAAAACAAUUUAGCACACUUGUUGAUUCAGUACCAACUGUUGAAAAAAAAAGGCCUUCAAGUUUUCAGUUCAACUGGACUGAAGGAGACUCUACAAGAACCUGUUUCCACGGACAUGGCCUCCAGGGGAUUCUGAAGAAGAAAGGCCAGUCACUGACAACCAAGAAUUCACUAUAUUGGCUUAGCACACAGAAAUUCUGUAGAAGCUAUUGUAAACAUGUGACAACCUAUGAAGAAUCAAAUUUUUCACGGAGCUAUCAGUUUAUAAUAAAUCUCUUCUCCUUCCUGCUAAGAAUAAAGACAUCUUCUCUCCAUGAAGAAGUGAGCUUAAUUGAAAAGAGACUUUUUAAAGCAAAAUAUAGUAAAACGAAAAAGAAAUCAAGAUCCAGGAAAGGGAGAAAGUAACUGAGAAGAAUGAAACAAACUUUCUUGGGAAAAUAUUUUAAUAGUGAUAAUAAUGUCAAAUUAUAAUAUUCUAGAAAAUUAUGGAAAAUAGAAUUUUAUUGUAUGUACACACAUAUAUAUGUAUCAAAUGUGCUUAUAACAUGUGUAUUGGAAAAUAAGUAAACAGUGUUUGAAUUUAUUUUUUAAAUUAUGAAUAUUUUUUGAGAAGAUUAAAACAGUAAGUUUUAUAAAUGGUAUCCAGAAAUUUCUAUUCAUUGUAUUUUAAGUUUGCCUUUUUUUUUUUUUGCCCUUUUUUUAGGCUAACUUUGCUUUUAAACUAGAUCACUUCCUUACUCUUUAUGCCCUAAAGAAAAUCCCAGAUCAAAGAUCUAAAUAUCAUAAUGUUUUACAUAUACAUAUAUAUUACAGUAUUAGAAGAAAACAAGUAUGGCUGCUUUGAUGAUCUUGAAACAGGGGAGAACUUUCUAAGCAUGCCCCCAAACCAGAAGCCAAAAAGGAAAAAUUGAUAAUGUGACCACAAAGUCACAGGCAAAUGGCAAACUAGGAAAAUAUAUUUGCAGCAUAUGACAGACAAAGGAAUAACUUCUUUAAAGUAUCAAUAGCUCUUGCAAAGCAAGAGGAAAAAGACAGGCUGAGCAAGGAAUAUGAAAAGAUAGCCUUCAAGGGGAAGAAAAGAGAUACAAAGGCCAACCCAAAAAAAUGAUACAAAUUAAAAUAUAUACUAUUUCCCACAUGUUAGAUUACCAGAGAUUUAUAAAGGUCUAUAAGAUCUGGUGAGGAUAUCGAAAAAUGAGGCAUUCUUGUUCAGAGAUUAUUCGUGCAACAAAUAGCAGCCGUGUUCCAGGCAUAUUCUGGGCAUUGGAGAUGGAAUAGUUAAACGAGGUCCCUGUCUUUAAGGUUCUUCUAUUCUAAUUGGGUGGGGGCAGAUAGUAAACAAAUAUAUGAUAGUUGGGCCAAUGAGGUGCAAUGAAGAAAAAAGCAAGGUAGGUAGGGGUGAUUAUAAAAAGUGGUUAAGGUGCCUGGAAGGUGACCUUGAGCAGAAAUCAACUGGUUUGAAGUUCAAUCAGGGGAGUAAGCCACAUUGCCCUCUGGGGGAAGGUUAUUUCCGCUUGAUGGAUUCAAGGAAUAGGCUGUUCAGGGCAGCUGGAGUGUUAGGGUUGUCAGGGAAAGUAGUAGCACAUGAAAUGGAAGAGUUUGCAUUCAAGGCCAUGGUAAGAGCUUUGGCUUUUAUCCCAAGAGUGUCUCAGGAAGCCAAGCCGUUAGAAAAUUCUGAGCAAACGAAUGGUGUGAUGAGAUCUAUGUCAUAAAAGGACUACUUUGCUCUGUACUGAAUAGAUUGCAGGGGAAAAUAGAUUGUAGAGGCCACAAUACAGACUACUGUUCUGGUUUGGGCAAGAGAUGGUGAUUUGAACUACAGAGAUUGUAGUGGAAGUGUUAAGAAGGGAUUAAGUCCCGGGUAUAGUUUACACUUAUGAAAUAAGGACUUGGUGAUAGAUUGGUUGUGUGAGAAAUCAAAAUGCCCCAAUUUUUUUCCUGUACCAUUUAUUAAGAUGGGGCUGCUUUAAUUUCCCCUUAAUCACCCAGUUUGUGUUAUAGGGUUGCAGGAAUAGCCAAACAGGCUACCCAGCAUUGAAUAGAUGAGAUUGACUAAGUAAUUAAUCACAUGUACUUCCCACCUGGCAGAGGAUGUAGCACACUAUGCAGGCCCAACGAGGGUCAUGCUUGGAACAGUGAACAACCAGGGAUAGGGAGGCAGGCUUUGUUGUACUGGGGAAUGGAGUGUCCCCUGGUUCCUGCCAGAGGGUGUGACUGGCUUAUUUGAAUAAUCCCAUGGGCCUGCAGGAAUUCCCCUGGUCCUCUUGAUAAGGUGUGUUUGAUUAAGGCCCCCGGAUCUGUGGGACCAGAGUGGGGAGGGGAAGUCAAAGUUAAGCCAUUUUGGGGCCUUCCCAGUUUCACCAGAUGUCAAGGCAGCACGUGAUACCAGGCCUUAAUUUUAGGCCCUACAUCACAGGGGAACUCAGGUGAGUGGGGAUCGGGAAGUGUUCGGGGCAUGUUGAGUUUGGGAUGCCUGUUAGACAUCAGAGAGAUAUCCAAGUCUAAAGCUGGAGGGGCAAGGGGUCUAUAGUUCAGAGGUCUGGGGUAAUGUAAAUGUAGGGAGCAUCAGAAUAUAAGUCAUAUUUAAAAACUGUGAAGCCGGGAUCCCUGGGUGGCGCAGCGGUUUGGCGCCUGCCUUUGGCCCAGGGCGCGAUCCUGGAGACCCGGGAUCGAAUCCCACAUCAGGCUCACGGUGCAUGGAGCCUGCUUCUCCCUCUGCCUGUGUCUCUGCCUCUCUCUCUCUCUGUGUGUGACUAUCAUAAAUAAAUUUAAAAAAAUUAAAAAAAAAAAACAAAAAAACUGUGAAGCCAGAUAGGAUCUUCUGGAGAGUUUGAGGUCUCCAUGAAUGCUAAUUGUUGUUCAGCCAGGUUGCUUUCUACUCCUAGAUUGCAGUGAGGUUUUUGUUUUUUUUUUUUAAUCAGGAAUUAUGUUGUGUUUUUGUUGUUGUUUUUCAGAUGCUUUUCCUGAAUCUAUGAGAUGAUAGUAUGUUUUUUUCUUUUUUAGCCAAUUAAUAUGGCUUUCAUAAUAUGGUUAAUAAGAAAUUCAAUGGAGUUUCAAAUGUUAAACCAGCCUUGCAUUCCUAGGAUAAACCCAUUUGGUCAUGAUCUUUCAUCCUUUUUACAUAUUGUUGAGUUUGAUUUACUGAAAUAUUAAGAAUUUUUGCAUCCAUGUUUGUAAGAAAUGUUCUGUAGCUUUCUUUUCUCCAUUACCAGAAGGAAGAGUUGUAGAUAUUUUGGUAAAUUUAAUUCAAUAAAAAUGUCUUGAGUAGUUAUCACA